GGCGAUCAAAAAGUUGCUAAAAAUUGGGAGAAAACAAAAAUGAGUGACGUGCCUUCGAUUAACAUUCAAAACCCAACAAUUUUAGAAAGUGGAUCUAUCUAUGGCGGGACGAUUAAUGGUGGAACUGAUAAUAUGUUUAUUUCGAAAAAAAGAGAUCGGGAAAAGAGUGACCAAAGAGAACAGACAAAAAUGAAACAGAUAAGAAUUGAAGAAUGUUUCCCUCAUGAUGUCAUUCCACGUUCCCAACAUGAACAGGCACAUACUCCAGAACGACAUAUUACGCCGGAAGAUGAAGAAGAAAAAGAGAGUUCUCUUUAUGAUACUUUUCCGGUUCACGUUCGUAAGCGACCUGAACCAAAACCUUUUCUAAAGACCAAAGAAAAUCUUAAUCAAAUUGCUGAAGAAAUUGGUUCAUUUGAAAAGGGGUUUGCGUUACAUUUUGUGAACCAUAUGGUAGAAUUAAUUGAUGAUGUGAAUUUGUUUAAUGAUUCUAUGUCUGAGGGAACCUAUAUUGUAAACGUUCUAGCACCCAUUCUUGGUUACUUCUUUAACAAAAAGAAAAGAGAUUGGCUUGUUGCAUAUGGAGAAACCUGCCUCGAAGCAUGUGCAAUAGAUAUUAAUUCUAAUAAAAAGGAUGAUGAACGCCGAACCUCAGGAAAAAAGAUUGAUACAAUCAUUAGUAUGAGAGAAGAAGAUAAAUAG